AUGCCUAUUCCCCUUGUGCUGUGCAAAAAUCAACACAAGCUUUUGCAUCCCGAAGUUCCCCGUUGUAUUCGAUUCGGACCAAAUAUGAAGGAGAGCAAGGAUAAGAAUGGAGGGAAGAACCUCGAGGGGGAAGCUGCAGCAAAGGCAAAGGAUACUGGCAGUCAGCCUACCGGACGUGCAAGGAGCAGUCUAGAAAGGAUGGGAGAGUGCAGUGAAGGACGUCAUGCAACGUGCAAAAGAAGCAUUGAGAAAGACUCUAGCGGAUUUAGGGAAGACAAGGCAGCAUCGUUUUGGAACGAUGAAAUUCAAAGUGGAGUAUGUAAGAAAGAGACGUGUUCAAGCACUGGCAGAAGAUGCGAGAUCCAGAAGGCCUAG